AUAAGCAUGACUCUUGUCACCGUGUAAUAUCCCAAUCUGACUCUUUGUGUGAUACAGUGUGUAGAGAUCUGUGUGUAUGUGUGUGUCCCUUUAAACCAGGAGGCUGGUCCCGAAGGAAGUGACGGCUCUGGAAGCCGCCGCCUGGGGGAGAACAUCCAAAGACCCGAGUCUGGUUAGGGCUGCGAGAAUCUCUUAUUUGUCCUGUGAUCCCAGGAAUCGAAAGCGUGAACCUUGCUCCGCAUGGCAUGUGGCACAAUCACCCGGGACAACCGAGACCCGAGCCCGGCUAGGUACAGAUACCCAACGUUCCAGGAUACAUUCUAUCUAUAAAAUCCUGGACCAACGUGGAAUCCUGGCUCUCUGUCCAUUUCUGCCUCAGGAUUGUUUGUCCAAUUCCAGCAGGUUUUUUUUUUAAUGAUUUCUCCAAUCCCAUUAUUUAAUCCGAUAUUUUCCCUUUAUCUCCUCCACCCUGCUCUAGCAGUUCCCCUCUUCAGAUACAUUCCCUUGUCAAGUGAUUUACAUUUCACUGGAUUUGGUUCAUGCACUUUUGCUCUUUAGACCUUUUAUUCUUUACCCCCAGGCUCUCUAUCUUUAUCUCACUUUACUGCCAAGUCUCGUUAUGUGCUAUAAGCCUGGCCCAUUUUUAUUGUUACCCACCCUUUUGCAAGCUGAGAUUUAUGACAUUGCAAUACGUUAUAAGAGUGUGAACUGUGAGAGCCUGUAGGAUUUUUUCGUUAUUUUCUAAGACUGGACUUUUCCACAUCACUGUAAUACUAGGGAGGUGGGCUACCAUCUCCUCCAUUGCACCCAUUAUUUUUUUUUUUCUGGAUCUGUAUCUUUUACUAUGGCUACUGGGGUUCUAAAACUUUUUAGUGGGGAUUAUUGUCUAAACACUGAACUGUAAUGGAUUAAAACCUGAAUUGCAUAUGUUUUGAUUUAGCCGAGUUAGAGAAUGUUUCCAAAUUAUUUAUUGUUGCUUACAUUUUGAAAUUCAGUUUUCAUCUCACUACUGGUCACUUCACUUUUUAGUCUUUUACUGCACCCCCCAGUAUUUCACUUUAUUUAAAUUACUUGACCCACUCUUCAUUUGUAUAACCACUCCCCUGUCUGAGUUUUUGUCCGGUUAUUUUUAUUUAAUUUUUUUCUAUUUAGUUUUAUUUUGUUUAAUUCUUUACAUGCAUAUUACUUUUUCAUUUGGUUUUAUCAUGCUGAGUUUAUUGCUUCUCUAUAGGACAUUGCUUAAGUCACUUUUGCUUUGUCACAUUAUCUCUACUUUUGUCUAGCGUUGGAUUGCGUUAUGAAAACGCAGCAUCACAGAUUUUUUGGGAGGUGUCUUUAGUGAACAUGUUUGUGCUCGUCAUCUCUACUAGCACCCCUCAAUGUCUCGGGAUUGACGGAUACAUGUGCCCUGAGACAGUCCUGUUCACAAGCUUUCUCUUUUCUUUUUUGUUUUAGUUUUUCCUGAUACCCCUGGAUCUUCAUUUACUCAUCCUGGCAGCCUGGUGAUGUUUCCUCUGGUGGAUCUAAGGAGGUUCUUUUGGCUAAUUGUUCCAAUACUGUGGUGUUGCCAGACAAGCCUCAGUGAGCUAAGGGUCCGUGUGCGGCUUGAGGAUGGGCAGAUAACAGAAGAAACUUUGCAAGCCGACAGUGAGAGGGACUGCAUUACUCUUGAGUUUCGAAAGACUGAUGGAACCUUUGUCACCUACUUGGCAGACUUCAAACAGGUGAGGGUGGUCCUAAAAAACCUAUACCUGUCAGAAUUGAUUCAGUUAUUGUACCAUUUUUAUUCGUGUAAUUUUCAAAUAACAUAAUUUUCUUUUAAAGGAAAAAACAAUCUGUGUGUGCAUUGAAAAAAAAAAAAAUUAGAGUUGCUCCAUGCACCAUGACCACUUCAGUAAUUUGAAGUGGUCCUAGUGCCUGGAGUUUUUAUGUGCAGAGUUUUGCUUUCAAAUGCUGCACAUACGGAGUUUAACCCCUGUUACCAGUGGUGUAUCUCCACUUCCAACAGCAUCAUUGGGGUGUUAUCAGCCAAUCUGGAGCAAGAGAUCCUGGCUGGCUUAUAUCAAUUCUGUGCAUAUUUCUAUGCACAUAAUUGCAUACUUGGCUGCGAGUGCAUAGCUAAAGAUUUCAGCCAAUGGAUUCUGGCUUCUGCAGCUCCGCAGAAGCCAGAUAUGCGUCAUUAGAGCAGAAAGAGCCCAGGUAAGAGGGAAAACCAUUGCAAAAAAAGUUUGUCCUAUUACUGUGAAACAGGGCUAGAGUACUCCUCGCUUCAGAUCCAGAAAAGCAGGCUAUAGUGGUAACGAUGCUUGAAGUAACCCUUAAUUUUUAUUUAAUUUAUAUGGGUGGUAGGAAAAAACCUCAUGUACUUCUCAUGGAAGCUGCUUCUACAUGUAUCUAUUUCAUUCAUUCAGCCUUACAUUUGAGAAAGGCUGUCUGCAGCUAAAUACAUACUCCUCCCUGACAAGGAAGACUAUCAAUCAGUAGCCUCUCAUUUUUGUUGGGGGUCUGAUCUUAUCCCUUAAAGCACUGUCCAGCAGGAACUUGUAGGUUAAAGGGCACAUCUCAUACCUCAAACAAAUUAUGCUCAUUAGAUUGAGCCUAAGAUUUUAUCUAUACAUUGUGCUAGCAGUUUGCUAGGAAAUCUAUAGUUUAAAAGAAAAUCUUUUUAAAAGCAGGCAUUUCUCUCAGCUGUCAGUGGCAUUUGUUAACGGAGUUUAUAAUAUGCCCCUGUGCUCGCCAGCUGUAUCAGUCACAGCACAUGUGCUGUGGUUGCUAUGGAAACUCCCUAGCCGGCUCUUCAAGUGCCGUCCAGGAAGUAUAGGAACAGAUUGACGUUGUCACUCCAUUCUGACACUAGCAACAAAGCCAACAUGCCAACAUCACUGACGAGAUUUGAGACUUGGGGAUGCGUCUCAAGCAGGGCAAGACGAGGAACACUUUGAGAGGAGUGCAGGUGGGCUCUAAAAAGUGGUCUGUCCUGCUAUCAACAGCAACUGUGGUUCAGCUCUCUCCAGCAAAACUAGAGAGAGAGAUCCUUGCUACGUAUAGUUCUGAUAAAAUUGACACCACAAAAGAGGGAAAAAAAAAAUGUUAUUUGUUGUAUUAAUAGCCUGGAGUUAUGGUGCUUAGAGUGGCUCUUUUUGUCCCAGUAAAUGUUGCAAAGUACUUUUUGUAGGGCGAUUCUGAUACAGUUUGACUUAACCCCUUAAUGCCGUUAUGGGGUGCUAUGAAGUCUCACAAAUAGAGUGCUGUAACGCGUUGGGGCGGCAUAACAUGCCCUAAAGAUCGAGCCCUCUCGUAAGGUGGCAUACUUGACCUCAGCGGUGAUCGCAAUCAAGGGGACUGCCCCGCAGGCAGCUCCCCCUCAGCCAGUCCCAUCCAUCUGAGUGAUGUGAUCGUGAUGACACGGCGAUCAAUUGACUCGGAUCGGCGUGAUUGGCUGCAAGUGUCAGGCUGAUUUCCCCCCCCGCCCCCAACAUGUAAUUUGUAAAAGUAUUUAAUUAUAGUAAAAUAAUAAAUAUUCACAUUUAAAUAUAUAGAUUGAAAAAUUAUAUAUAUGUAUAUAUGUAUGUGUAUCAUGAUAUACACUGCUCAAAAAAAUAAAGGGAACACAAAAAUAACACAUCCUAGAUCUGAAUUAAUUAAAUAUUCUUCUGAAAUACUUUGUUCUUUACAUAGUUGAAUGUGCUGACCACAAAAUCACACAAAAAUUAAAAAAUGGAAAUCAAAUUUUUCAACCCAUGGAGGUCUGGAUUUGGAGUCACACUCAAAAUUAAAGUGGAAAAACACAGGCUGAUCCAAUUUUGAUGUAAUGUCCUUAAAACAAGUCAAAAUGAGGCUCAGUAGCGUGUGUGGCCUCCACAUGCCUGUAUGACCUCCCUACAACGACUGUGCAUCCUGAUGAGGUGGCGGAUGGUCUCCUGAGGGAUCUCCUCCCAGACUAAAGCAUCUGCCAACUCCUGGACAGUCUGUGGUGCAACGUGACGUUGGUGGAUGAAGCGAGACAUGAUGUCCCAGAUGUGCUCAAUUGGAUUCAGGUCUGGGGAACGGGUGGACCAGUCCACAGCAUCAAUGCCUUCGUCUUGCAGGAACUGCUGACACACUCCAGCCACAUGAGGUCUAGCAUUGUCUUGUAUUAGGAGGAACCCAGUGCCAACCGCACCAGCAUAUGGUCUCACAAGGGGUCUGAGGAUCUUAUCUCAGUACCUAAUGGCAGUGCGGCCCCCCAAGAAAUGCUGACCCACUGCCAAACCGGUCAUGCUGGAGGAUGUUGCAGGCAGCAGAACGUUCUCCACAGCAUCUCCAGACUCUGUCACAUGUGCUCAGUGUGAACCUGCUUUCAUCUGUGAAGAGCUCAGGGCGCCAGUGGCGAAUUUGCCAAACGUCCUGCACGGUGUUGGGCUGCAAGCACAACCCCCACCUGUGGACGUCGGGCCCUCCUGGAGUCUUUCUGACCAGACACAUGUACAUUUGUGGCCUGCUGGAGGUCAUUUUGCAGGGCUCUGGCAGUGCUCCUCCUGUUCCUCCUUGCACAAAGGCGGAGGUAGCUGUCCUGCUGCUGGGUUGUUGGCCUCCUUCACGUCUCCCAAUGUACUGGCCUGUCUCCUGGUAGUGCCUCCAUGCUCUGGACACUAUGCUGACAAACCUUCUUGCCACAGCUCACAUUGAUGUGCCAUCCUUCUAAAUGCUCUUGCCGCGCAUGCGCAUUCAGCCCCCUUCAGCCCGGCGGGAGUGGGACUUUGAGGGUGGGCCACCCUUAGGGCACUAUAGUGCCAGGAAAAUUAGUUUAUUUUCCUGGCACUAUAGUGGUCCUUUAAUGCAGUGCCAUUGAUUUCCCUUUUUGACUUUAAUAAAUCGAUCCCUGUUUCUAAGACAGGGCUCGACAAGUUCCAGGUUGCCAUGUCGACUAGGAAUUUUGUCCUGGCACCUGGGUGUGUGUCUGUGUGUUCAGCAAUGGCUACCCAAGGCGGGCGGCUGUGCAGAAUGGAGGUAGUGAGGGAGCUGUAAUAUUCCCUUACUUCCCUUCUCAUUCUGUUCACUUGUGUGCCAUGCUGUGAUGCCACUCUGGCCUUGGCAUCAGUAAAUGGUGCAUGAGGGAGCAGAUUUCAGGACCCUUUAGCUCAAUUGGAUGCAGGGAAAGGAUCCACUCUAGCUCUCCCAAAGGUAUGGAGGCUGAAUGGAUGUAAAUUAAAGCAAAUAAUAGUGUGUGUGUGUGUGUGUGUGUGUGAGAGCAUGGGGGCUGCACACUUUGCAGCAAUGGACUAGGAUGCACAUCUAGUGGCCAUCUGAGUGACCGCAACUAGAGGUGUUACUUGGUAGCAAUGUAAACACUGUUCUGUAUUGUGCACAAAUGUCAAAAUUGUGGUAUGUAUUGUGAUUUCCAUAAAACACAAUAGCUUUUGUUUUUUUUUAUUCUUUCUUGAAUGCAUUUGUUUGCAAUCUGUUUUUUAGCUGGAUUCAAACCUUUUAGCAGAGACUCCUUCUAUAUUAGUAGUUUGUAACCCUGGGUUGGGACCCAAAAUAGGUCCCCAAUGGCAGGAGGAGGCACAUUAUAUCCUUCAGUCUCCAGGCAGCUGGUAAAUAAAUCUGCUACUUUAUUUGCACACUCUUUCAAUGUCCCUCAAACACGGGAAACCUAUUAUGAAGUUGCUUUUCUAUAUAUUAUAUAGCAUUUGAAGACUAAUAGGGUUAUUUACUAAAGUAAGAAUUCAAAGUGGAUUUCAAAUUGUAGACCAAAGUAAUCGAACUGGAAGCAUAUUUAACUUCUUACCUACAAUCUUUGCCAACUUGGCUAUUUUGGCCUUUACUCUUCAUUCUCACUGUAGUGAAUAAACUUGUGGUAACCCUGAGGCAACUUAAAACUGAAGAAUGAGCUGCCAAGAUAAUGCCAUGUACCUCAUUUAGGUCUCUGUCAAAACUUUUAACAAACUGUUCUUCCAGACAUCAGAGACCUUAUCUGAACAAAUGUUUCAUUAGCAGGCCUGAUAAUCAGACAGUGAUAAUGUUGUAGUCUCUCUCUCUGAAGAGAGUUGUUUACAUAUUACUUUUAGGACUGAAAACCCUUCAAUGCUUAUUUACUAUAUUCUUUCUUAAUAUAAUCAGGUAAAAUUAAAAUACAAUAGGCAAAGCAAACAACUGCACAUAGAGCAAACUAAGCUUUUGUGGUGCUUCUGUCACUUGAGCCAGGGUUUGUGUUGUACAUGUGUUAUCAAUAAUGAAGUUUCUGUGGGAGGGAGUGUGUGAUGUGGCAGUUUCUCCAGUUCUGAAUAAGAUUGGACUUUGUCAUGUGAAUCUGGCAUGGAACAUUGCUUGCAUUAUCCCACUUGCAUUUUUUUUUUAUUUAAUAGCAAUUUUACCACCAUUUUGUGCAAAUACAUCUGUUUAUACAAUUUUCUAAAAUUAAAAUUUUUCUUCAUUUUCUUUAAACUCAACUCACAUAAUGUCUCUGGAGGUGGGACGUGGGGGGCGUUAAUUGAUUUUCCCUGCAUUUAAGUUGUUUUUUGUCCGGUAAACUCAUCAGUCUUCUUAGCCUGGUAUUAUGUAAAAUCCAUUCCCAGUGUUCCACCCCCUCCAUUUCUUCUCACAUGUAGGUCAUGGUUAGAAAUCACUAUUUCUGCCAGUGUUUUUUUUUUUUCCCCUCAGUGUUACCCUGAUCCAAAAAAUAUUAGAUAUUAUGUGUGAACUGAGGACAUGGGGGGCUGGCCUUGGAUGUAGGAAUUCCUGAGCCUAUUGUGCUGUAACAUAAUCCACAGUGGGAAAAAAAAUCAUAUUUUCUGGCUUUCUUGUACUGAAGUAUGUGUGCAUGAAGAGAUCUUGUGUAAUAGGAGACAUUAUCGUGCAUUGUUCUAUACAUCAAUUUGUUACCAGGGAGAGGAGAUAAUGCAGUUGUUCCCUGGGGUAAUGUGAGGUAUUGUCAGGAAUAGAUGCAUACAGUAUAUGUAGUUAUGGUUAGUAUUUAAAUUCAGACAUUAUAUGGAGCACUAAGCAGGAAUAUUGAUUAAUCACUAGUUUGAGGUAAUUGUAUCUAACACAUUUUCUCCUGUAAUUGAUGGUUUGGGGUAUGUACCGGUAAUUGCCCUCCAUAAUGUUCACUGUUUAUGAGGCUAGUAAAAAGCACUGCUAAUGUAUAGUGCUCUUUGGGAUAUUGGGGAUAAUCCAGAUAAUGUGCAAUUAUUAUAAAACUCCUAUUAAUGAAGCUUCUGGGAAAUUGCAAUAUUGUCAAACGAAAAAACACCAAAAAACAAAACAAAACACACGCACACACAAAAAAAUGCUUCUAGUAACUGUCAGGCUGAUAACCACUAGAGCUUAUUCCUUUUGAGUGUCUUCAAAUUCUGCUUUGAUACACCCAGCAGCAUGUUGACGUUGAAUGCUCUUAUGUUUGUUUUUACAUAGAAAGUCAUUGGAUUGUCAUAGUGUGGCGAUUGCUGCAUGUGCGCCACAUAUCCACAGUGCUCGACUAUGAGAAGCAUUGGAUUGGACGAUUCAUAAUUUCUGAUUACUUCGCUGGAGGCGAUGCAACUGCUCUAUGGAGGCAGUCUAAUUUCUAGAGUACACAUUAACUUAAAACAAACACUAUAACUUAAAGGCCCCUUAAUGGGCAAAGCUUUUGGAGUAUUGCAGAGCUCCCAGUGAUCUGUAGUGUAUUUGACACUUCAUGGGACAAAAUGGAUUCAUUUUAAAAACAAAACUUACAAAGCGACAGGUUUCACCUGGAAUGUGUGGAUACCCCAGUGCCUGCAAGUCAAAGAAUAAUAACUGAAGUUUCAUGCAUAUUUGGAGCACUUUUAUUUACAGUCCACUGGAUUUGAAAAGUAUGAUUUUUUUUUUUUUUUUUUUUCACUUUUACAACCUAAUGGUAAAGCCACCUAUGGCUUUUAAAGGGACAUUCUAAGCAGCAAAGCAGUUUUGGUGUAUAGAUCAUGUUCCUGCAGUCCCACUGCUGGCUUCUCUGUUUGUUUCUGUUAACCCCUUCAGGACGGGUGACGGACGAGGUCCGUCACACAGGGGAGACCCUUAACGACGGGUGACGGACCUCGUCCGUCACGCGGUAAAAUUAACCCCGGAUCGCCGCUAUCGCGGCGAUCGCGGGGUUAAUGGUGCUCCGGUAUGCCUCUGCAUUAGAGGCAUACCGGGAGCACCCGGUCAAGCUGCCCAGCACAUGUGCUCGCUCUGACCACAAGUCGGAGCGAGCACAUGUGCUCUAAAUACUUACCUACCGGCUCCCUGCACUUCCGGGUUCUGUGUGAUCCUGCCCCCAGUGCUGAUCCUGCCCCCUGCUGUUUAAAAAAAUAAAGUUUAUUUAAAGUGUCCCCCCCCUUACCCAUUUUAAUAAAAAAUUAACCCCUUCCCUGCCAAUUGAUCACUGACUACAGUGAUCAAUUGGCAGGGAUUACAUUUUACUAUGAUCUGAUUUUUUUUUUAACCCCUGAGGGUUAAUUCUUUUUUUUUUUAACCCUCAGGGGUUAAAUUAAUUAAUUAAAUUAAUUAAAUUAUUUUUAAAUUAUAUAUUUAGAUAGCUGGGGUAGGUGGAAGUUAGUGGGGAAUUGGGGGAUUUGACGUUAGGCUAACUAGGGGUUAACGUUAAAAAAAAGUUUUAAAAGAAACUUUAAAAAGUAAAAAAUUAAGCUUAAAACAAUGUUUUAAUAUUUAAGUAAUAAAAACAAAAAAACACACUUUACCUAGUCCAAAUAAAAAUUAACCCCUUCCCUGCCAGUCGAUCACUGCCUACAGCGAUCAAAUAGAGAUCACAGUAUUAUACUGUGAUCUAAUUUUUUUUAACCUCUGAGGAUUAACUUUUUUUUUUUUUUUUUUUUAACCCUCAGGGGUUCAAUUUAUUUAAUUAAUUAAUUUAAAUAUUUUAUAACUAUAUAUUUUGCUAGCUAGGGUGGGUGGGAGUUAUGGGAAAAUGGGGAAUUUACUGUUAGUGCUGCGUACUGCUAGUUAGGGGUUAACAGUAAAAAAAAUAGCUUAGAAAAAUGUUAAAUCUGUAAAAAGUUUUAAGAAAGUUUAGGAAAGUUUAAAAAAAAAUUUAUAAGCAAAAGAAAAGUUUAAAAACUAGUUUUUAAAAGUAAAAAAGUUAUAAAAAGUAAAAAAAUACAUUUUAAAAACGCUCAUUACCACUACACCUGGAACAAAAUAGAGAAAAAAUUAUCCCACGCCAAGGUUCAAAAUAUGCCUUUUGAAUUACCCCAGGGUGUAUUCUUUAAUAAAUAGUAUGUGUUUGUGGGGAAGUUUCAAUAACCAACCGUCUAAACUAUUCCAAAUUGGAACAUGGACACAGCGUAAAACUUCAAAGUUAGAAAAAAACUGAAUGGCUGCGUCUCAAAUGCGCCCCUUCAACAUCCACAUAUACCCGGCAAAGGUACAUACGGGGGUAUUGCUGUACUCAGCCGACAUAGCUGAGCAACAUAUGAAGUAUUAUACAGUUAUAGCACACAUAAGGUUUGCAAAAUAUGCUGCGCAAACUCACUUUGUAUGUCAAAAAGGCCGAAAAAAUGCUUAUUACCACUACACUUGGUACAAGCUAGCGGAAAAAUGAUCCUACACUAAGGUUCAAAAUAUGCCUUUUGAAAUACCCUGGGAUGUCUUCUUUAAGAAAUGGUAUGGCUUUAUGGGGAAUUUGGAUUAUAUAGCCUGGUAAAAUCCUCUAAAAUGGGACAUAGGCACAGCAUAAAAAUUCAAAGUUUGAAAAACACUGGAAUGGCUGUGUCCCAAAUGUGCCCCUCCGAUGUCCACACAUACCUGGCAAAGGUACAUACGGGGGUAUUGCUGUACUCAGCCGACAUAGUUGAGCAACAUAUGAAGUAUUAUACAGUCGUAGCACACAUAAGGUUUGCAAAAUAUACUGUGCAAACUCACUUUGUAUGUCAAAAAGGCAGAAAAAACGCUUAUUACCACUACAUCUGGUACAAGCUAGCUGAAAAAUGAUCCCACGCUAAGGUUCAAACUAUACCUUUUGAAACACCCUGGGGUGUCUACUUUAAGAAAUGGUAGGCCUUUGUGGGGUAGAUUGAAUUUAAAACCUGCGAAGAUGCUUGGAAAUUGUACAUAGGCCCAGCGUCAAAAUUCAAAGUUUGGUAAAAACGGAUAUGGCUUGGUCUCCUAUAUGGCACUGUAGCUUCACAAAAUAGUGACAAAGACAUUCAUUGGGGUGUAUUUUUACUCAAAAGACUUAGUUGAGCAUAAUUUGGGAGGUUUGAACUUAGUGGCACAUAUGAAAUAUACAAAACGCCCAGCAAAAAUGCAAUCCGUAUGUAAAAAAUGCACAAAAUAAUUUUUUUACCACAUACUUUGGUAUAUAUUGGUGAAAAAAUGGGGGUAUGUUAAGGCACAAUAUGCACCUUAUGAGAUACCCUGGAGUGUCUACUUUUACAAAUGGUAGGCCUUUGUGGGGGUUUUUUGAACAGUCAAACUGUUAUAAUUCCCCAAAUGGAAGCUAAGGCUCAUUAAAUCCGUCUCUCAAAAUUCUACUGUGAAUACUGUAAAGGACAGGUCUCCUAUAUGGCACUGUAGCUUCACGAAAUAGUGCCAAAGACAUUCAUAUGGGGUGUCAUUUUACCCAGAAGACUUAGCUGAGCAUAAUUUGGGGGGUUUGAACUUAGUGGCACAUAUGAAAUAUACAAAACGCCCAGCAAAAAUGCAAUCCGUAUGUAAAAAUGCACAAAAUUUUUUUUUACCACAUACUUUGGCAUAUAUUGGUGAAAAAAUGGGGGCAUGUUAAGGCACAAUAUGCACCUUAUAAGAUACCCUGGAGUGUCUACUUUUACAAAUGGUAGGCCUUUGUGGGGGUUUUUUGAACAGUCAAACUGUUAUAAUACCCCAAAUGGAAGCUAAGGCUCAUUAAAUUCAUCUCUCAAAAUUUUACUGUGAAUACUGAAAAGGACAGGUAUCCUGUAUGGCACUGUAACUUCACGAAAUAGUGCAAAAGACAUACAAUGGGGGUGUCAUUUUACUCAGCAGAUAUAACUGAACACAAAAUAAAACUUUGUACAGGAAUAGCACACACCAACUUUACAAAAUAUACACGAGAAUUUCUCUGUUAUAAGUUUGUGUGCCAAAACCCAAAAAGAACACAAUUUUACUCCAAUAUUUAGCAGAGGUUGGCGGUAAUAUGGCUACGUAGAAAGUGUCAAAACAACCUUAGGUAAAUAGCCCGUGAUGUCUACUUUAUAUAAAUAUAUACUUUUGUGUGGCAAUUUUGUUUUCUUUUAUGGCUAUUAAGCUUACAAGACAAACAUAACAAAUUCUAAAAUCGUUCCACAUUAAAAGUUUAUUUUACUCCUUGUGCUUUGUGACCUGUAACUACCAAAAAAAACUUAAAAUCCCAGACACAUUAUAUAUUCUGUAAAUCAGAACAAAUAAAUAAAUUUAUUUUUAAUUACUUUCCUUAACCUGCACUAAUUAUGCACACAUUAUUACUGCAAAAACUGUAAAAAAAAACAAUAUUUUUCAUUUUUUUUGCAUUUUUCUGUAUUUUUUUUAUAAUAAGUAAGCAUUUAUAUAUAUAUAUGUUAUAUCAAAUUAAAGUCCUUUCUGUCCUUUAAAAAACAGUAUAUAAUAUGUGUCGGUGCAAUAAAUGAGAGAGAUGCAAAUUGCAGUUGAACGCAAACAGCAAGAAAAUGCAAAAAUUGCUUGUGUCAUUAAGCGUAAGUCAAGCUUCUGAAGCUGUGUCCUUAAGGGGUUAAUGCAGCCCUAGCCACACCUCCCCUGACUGGGACUCUCACAGCCUCCAGGGGAAAAAUCGUUUCAUUUUUAAUUAGAUCUUAAAGGAUCACUAUAGGGUCAGGAACACAAACAUGUAUGCUAAAACCACCAUCUGGGCCCCUCAUGCCUCCCUAAAAAUAGCAAAAUCUUACUGUAUUAAAGCCAGAAGCUGUAACUCUGCAUGCUGUUUGCCUUAAAAAAAAAAAAGCAGUCUGCUGACAUCCUCAGAAGUGGUAGCCUAAUCCAAUCACAAUGCUUCCCCAUAGGAUUGGCUGAGACUGACCAGGAGGCAGAUCAGGGGCAGGCCAGCAUGAUUCAAACACAGCCCUGGCCAAUCAGCAUCUCCACAUAGAGAUGAAUUGAAUCAAUGAAUCUCUAUAAGGAAAGUUCAGUGUCUGCAUGCAGAGAUACUGAAUGUUUGGAUGCAUUUUAGGCAGCCAUGGCCCAGGAAGGAUCUCUAGCAGCUAUCUGAGGAGUGACCAGUGAAGUUAUCACUAGGCUGUAAUGUAAACACUGCAUUUUAUCUGAAAAGACAGUGUUUACAGCAAAAAGCCUGAAGGUAAUGUUUCUAAAAUUCAAUAAGCUGAAGUUGUUCUGGUGACUAUAGUGUCCCUUUAACUCUUGAAGUUCAUAUCUCCUGCGCUGUAAAUUGAACUUUAAUGACACUCAGGAGGCUCCUGCUGGCUAUUACCAGAACCCUAGAUAAAUUCUAAAUUAAAGAAACACUUAGGUGUUAGUAAUACAAAACACCUAAACCUAUAAAGUUCAUCUUUCUUUGUGGUUAAAAUCCCCCCACCCUUUUUUUCCUGGAUCUGGCUUUUCUUACCAUGAGACUGAAAAUGCCUCUGUGGGACCAAAUCUGAGGAUUAUGUUUCUUUCCCUGAAGUGAGAUAGGUCAGUCCUUGGCCUUAUGCCACCUCCUCUUCCUGAAGACUUCAUGGUCAUUUCACCUUCCGAAGUGUCAGAAUGCACAAGCUAUGAAUCCAUAUCUCUUGUCUGGAGAGAAGAAUAAUAGUAGUAACCUGAAGUCAGAGGGUUUUUUAAGACUACACUUGGUUUAGAAUUGCUUAGUUGUUCUUCUUUAACGCGUUUGGCAAUGGUCACCUUGCACAGUUUGCAUGAAGACUGUAUAUGGCGAGCAUGUGUUGUCUUGCACCUCGAGCUACGGAGAAAAAGAAACCGUAAUCCAAGAUCAUGUUAAAUGAUGACAUAUUUAUGAGGGAACUGUUUUGAACACAGACUUGUCUUUAUCAAGCCAUUAUUUACACAAGCAGCAGGUGUCUAGAAUCGUUAUCAAGCACUAUUACAUGCAUCCAGUUCAGUAGCUACUGGGUAAAAUGCAUGUGAGGUUGAAGAAAUAUGUCACUAACUAUGAUGCUCCUUUAUUAAAUAGAGCGAUGGCUUCACAUUUUGUAAUAGACUGAAAACAAGUGAAAUCUAUCAAUAGUGUGUAUUAACUAAAUUCACUGAAAGCUGAAGCUUUAACAAUUUUACAAGUGCAAAAUAUGUGUUAACUAUAUAUUGAAUCAUUUAUUUGUAACUGUUAAUUUGUCCUCAAUUUCCAAUUCAUUGUUUCAUGUGUAACUCUCAGUAUUUAGAUUAUUUCAAUUACUGGAUAGUUUUAUAUGGAAUAUAACUCUGUGCUAGAAAUGUUUUAGGACUACUCACAAAAGGAAGGAUCUAGAUCCUUCAAAUGCAUUUCCACAUUUCAUUGCUUAAAAAUAAAGAUCUGGGGAGACUAGAGGUUGUGCAAGUAGUAUGCAUUGUGGGGGUAAAAAGUGGAAGAGGAGGAGUUGGGGGGAGAGUGUCUUAAGAAGAGGGGGGAGACCGGCUGUGGUGUCGAGGGUUCUAGUUUAAGAUUCUGCCAUAAAUUUUGUCCAUGGUUCCAAUACCUCUUGGAAAAGAGCGUAUUUAUGGGAGAUGGAGGCAUUGAUUUCUUCCAUUGUUUUGAGUGCGCGUCUACUCUAGCGAUACAUUCUAUGACCGUUGGAGCAGCAGAGUUUUUCCAUUUGACUGGAAUGAGGAGGUUGGCAGCUGGAAGGAAGUGGGUCAGGAGGAUGUUUGUACCUUGGAGAGGGUGCAAGGUAGGAUCAGGAACACAAGUGUAUGUGGGUUAGCUGUAUUCCCGUCACUGUCUUGGUUGUCACUAUAUUGGUCCAAAAUCUAUGGGUUAUUGGGCAAUGCCACCAGAUGUGCAUAAGGGGCACGCCCCCAGUUGCGCACAUCCGGUGUGUUGGGGAACAGACCGUGCAGUUUAGAUGGGGAGUAGUGCCACUUGGAGAUUCGCUUGUAGCCAAUCUCCUGUACAUUAGUGCAGAUUAAAGUGUAUUUGGGAAAAAUAGUUUUUCAUUGGGGUGGUGUGAACUUAAUAUUAAUGUCCAUGGACCAUGAUUCCAUGUAGGGAGAUAGGUGGAUGGUGUGAUUGGCCUGGAGAAGUUUGUAAAAGGUCGAGAGCAGUUUUGUUUUAACAUUUUGUUUUUUUUGCAAUGUAUCUCAAAGUCAGAGAGAGUGCGAGAUCCUUUCAGCAGGGUGUGGUUGGCUUGUAAGAAGUGUAGCACUUGUGCAAAGUGUAACGUUUGCAUCGUAGUUGGGGUAUCUGGUUUCGUCAAGCUGGAGAGCGACCGCACUGAGUGACCCUCUAGUAUGGUAGGGUAGGUCAUGUAUUUGUUGGAUACCUUGGCAGGUUGUGGCUUGUGGUCCCAGUAUGAAGAGUGGGUUGUGGGUAAUAGGGCACAGGGGGAACAAGUAAGGAGAUAUGUUGUCAACUUAAUAUAAUCUUGCCCAGGUCUUAAGCAUUGGUAGGAUUGUGGGAUGUGUGGUGUGGUUGAAGAGCAGUGUCAAGGGAUGUGCUUUUUUCCAUGGGAUUGUGUGGUUACGAACCUGGAACACAGAGGCCUCCAGUAUAGUCCGUUGGCGGGUAUUUGGACCAUUCGCAAAUUCUGGAUAACAUGAUGGCUUUGUAGUAUCUUUCCAAGUGGAGGUGAGUCUCGUAGGUUAUAAAGGCUAGUAUAUAAGUUGUGGAAAGACAACAGGGAGUUAAUAGGAUAGGGUACCCGAGGGUGUCCUGAUUUCAGAAAUGAAGGUCGAUUGCCUUUGUUGCAUAUGACCGCAUGACGUCACGUGACCUGCAUAUACUGAAGAAAUGUCCUCCACCCUUUAAUGCUUGGAUGCAAUCUUUCACACUUUUUGGGUAAAGGUUACCUCAAGAAUGAACAUGCCUGCCCAACAAGCUGAUCAAGAAGGGGCGAGUCCUCUGUGCUGCAUCCCAUGUUGACCAGAACAAAUCACCAUUAGCAGUGUGCAUCGGAGACGGCGGAGAUCACAUCAGCUCACUAAGAGGAGAGUGGAGACCAAGCCGACACCGGUGCUGCACAGACGACAGGCAAGCCUAGGAAAAUCACAGCACGAUGAUGGGCAGAAGGGAAGGUGCCUGACAAUGCUGGGCUUACAGACCAUCUCUAUAACACUGGGCCUGCAGACCAGCGCCAUCUGUGGGACCACAUCGGGCCCUUGAAUGGCAUAGGCUGAACGGAGUGCUUAGCUCCUGGAUGAGUCUUACCUCUGGGGUGGAACACUUAUGCUCAUUUAUUUUGUCUUGGUCAAACAUGUUCAUUACUAAAUAAGAUGAGCUUUCCCUCACAAUGUCUAGAAUCCCUUACAAGAUAGUGUAUCUGAAUAUUCUUUUUUUUUUUUUUUUUUUGUGCAAAAGAUUACAACGAGCUCACAGUGCCACAAUAGCUAAUGUGAGUGUUUUAAAAUAGACAAUGUUAGGGCAUUUAAUACAACUGCACAUUUUUACAUUAUAAUAAACAUGCUAGAUCUACGUAGGAAUAUAUUGUAAAGUGGCAAGGCAUAGACAAAUACGUUUCAGGUGCACAAGUUGAUAGACAUAUCCUAUACAAGCUUUCUCAAAAAUAUAUCUACAGGAGGUUGCAUGCACUUAUAGAACCUCAAUCUAUCUCCCAAUGCCCAAACACACCUAGCUAGCAGUGCCACUGGGUAGAGAUUAAUAAUUGAAAAUAACCAAAACUAAUUCAAGGGACACUCCAGGCACCUAGACCACUUCUGCCCAUUGGAGUGGUCUGGGUGCCAACUCCCACUACCCUUAACCCUGCAAGUGUAAUUAUUGCAGUUUUUUUAUAAACUGCAAUAAUUACCUUGCAGGGUUAACUCCACCUCUAGUGGCUGUCUAGUAGACAGCCACUAGAGGGCACUUCCUGGUCCAUAGCACAGAAAACCUGUGCUAGAGCGUUGCUGGACGUCCUCGCGCUGUGUGAGGACCUCCAGCGUCGCUCAAUUCCCCCAUAGGAAAGCAUUUUCAAUGCUUUCCUAUGGAGAGCUCUUCAGCAACCGGGGAUUGGGAGGUUGGAGAGGGAGGUGACCUGCAGUGCCAGGAAAACAGAUUGUUUUCCUGGCACUGGCGAGUCCCUUUAACAAAAAUGUCACUUGCACAGUAUUAAGUAAAGAAUACGUCGGGCCAAGAUAUGCACGAGAGAUACAGCAACCCCAGACGAUCGUUUCAGUCUUGUUAGGCAUCAUCAGUGAGGCAUAGCUGAUAUCUCCCUAGGCACCGUGAGCAAGGGGUCCACGUCUGGAUUAUCCCUUUAAACUUGUGGAGAGUCAAGAAUGGGUCUCAAGAGAAUACUGAGAACAGGCAGCAGCGAAAUAGCCUGCCCUUCGGUCGGUCCCCGCUCAGUUCUCAAGCUGAUUUUUGCUCAUUUUUUGCCAUUUCAGAGAGAACAUAUCUGAAGCAUAUCAGACUGGUGCCAACUUGCUGGCAUUUCGGAUCUGGACUGCCCGUAUGGGUGGGACCAGUCUGAUAUGCAAAAAUCAGCUUGAGAACUGAGCGGGGACCGACCGAAGGGCAGGCUAUUUCAGCUGCUGCCCGUUCUCAUUUUUGACUCAAAUAGACUUAUGGGCUGAAAACCCAAUAGUAGUUUGAUGCUAGGUGAACAUGUUGCUCGAAGCCACAAGAUUACCCAAUCCUCUCUUUAUGUUCGUAUUUAAAAUACUACGCUUAAACAUAGGCUGUACAUGGCAUGGGCAUUAUGCAACACUAAGAAGAAAAUAAAGAGAAAAAACAUAGGUAAUAUAGACGAGCAACACUGCAGUUAGCGGAACAAAUUAGUGUAAAAGUACUUGGAGUAAUCGACAGGUAUAUUUGUGCUGGUAUCAGUUAGGAAGCAGCAGUUGGGUAGGAUCAGGAACUCAGCCAGUGCCGCUGGUAGGAAUCUUCAAGCAGUCCUUUUCGAGACCAGUUUGGGUAGAGGCGUGGUGGGAGCGAGCGGGAGCCCGUUUCCAGCCCCAGGCUCUUAGGUAGGCCGGCAUCUUCGAGACACGAACAGGGAGGCUCUGUGUCACGUAUUCAUCUGCUUAUAGAAAUGUGGUUAAUGACAUUUACUGUCAACACAGGAAAAGUUGUGCCGAGCAGCAACCUAAUCCACAGAAGGGUUAAUGCUGAGCAGCAAUUAUGCAAAUCAAACCUGGUAACUGACUUUGUGGUCAAAGGCCGGUUACAGCCUAUCAGAAAGAAAGGAGGGGUAUUUAGGCCCAGUUCUCAGCCUGCUCAGUGCCCUGUCGUGGUUUCCCUUGUGGUUGUCCGAGAGCGCGUUCCUGUUUAUAGUUUUCUACCUGGUUUUUGACUUUGGCUUUGUUUAUUGACUUCUCUAUAUUCUGGUAUCCUGACUCCUGGUUUUCCUCAUCGCUGUGUCCCUUUCUGUGUUCCCUGACCUCGGCUAGUAUUUUUGACUAUUCUUUGUACGUUAAAUCCGGCCAUUCUAAGGACCGGUAAUACGUUACUUAUUUGUCAUCCGUGCUGUACAGUUCUACGUGCUGGAUCAAACAGUAAUCCUGACACUCUGAGAGUCCCAGUCUUCCUCCUUUGGGGAGACACAGGAGAGGAGGCUAUUGUGACUACCUGCGGUGGACAGCCCUCUGUCGGUAUGGGCGAUGCUGUAGGGUCUUGCCCGGGUGUGCUAAUAUGAGUAGAGACAGAAGUUGCAGGAAAGGCUAUGCCCAAAAGAGAUCCGCUCACCCCCUGGCAUUCUUACAUCCAAAUUCCUCUCUGAGGCUGCUUUAGGGCUGUUGCCGCAUGCUUCUUCAGUUUUUCCCAAAAUUGUGCGAAGAGUGCAUCCAGCCACUGCAGAGAUUGCUUCACGAGGUUCUAGAGAGCCAUUCAGGAUGUGGAAUGGUGCUUAUCAGGGAGUUAGACGCGUCCGCCAUCUUGGGGACACUCCUUCCAUUGUAGGGAUGAUGUGUGGGAUUCAGGUCAGGUAGGUAGGCUCUGAGUGGCAAGUGAUGUAGGGGCAAGGACUGAGAUGACCCCACCGGUCACGGGGGGGAUACGGGACUCUGCCCCAAGGCAGCCAUUUGGUUCCCGCCCAAGAGGUCGGCUGCAACUCCAGGUUAGGCCUAAACCAGACCGCAAGUCAGACAGGUCGGUUCUUCGUCGCAUAUAUGAGUGGCACAACUGCUUCCCGGCUUCACCCGGUGUCAGUAUGAUUCAUUGUUGCGGUUGUACUGCUAUGUUUUGAGUAAAUACUGCAAAUGAUUGAGGAGCUUGAGUCUCGUCGAUCAUUUGGCAUUGGCGGUUAAGCCUCGCCGCCCAACGUUUUAUGUCCAACAUGAUUUCAACUUUUUGUGCAUACUUAUGUAAAACGUUAUUAUAAGUUUCUAAGUAUAUUAAUGCACUACAAAAAUGAAGAUCUGCCUACAGUCGAGCUCAAGCAAUAGUGUCUUUUUUUAUUUUUUUUAUUUAUUUUUUUAUAUCCUAUUUAAAAAGUGAUCACUACUUUCUCUCAGACUGUUCUUUGUACAAUAGUUUUCUAUGAUCUAUACCAGCUACUGGACUUGCCUUUCCCUAUUUGUACUGUAUGGUUUGGUGCAUCACUUUUUUAUUUUCUAUGCAUGUAUUUUGCUUUAUGUAUGAGUGUCUACGGUAUUGACUUUGCAAGGGGGAUUUUUUGUUUUGUGUAUAACUUUGUUUUUGUUUUGUUUUUUCUCUCCUUUAUUUCCUCCUCACUUAACUUAAGUUUCAAUGACCUACUGAGGGCCCCAAGCUAAGACAGUUAAAAUGUAAAUACACAUAAUUUUACAUCUGUUCCCUCUCAAGAUAUGUACUCUGAACUUUUUCUACGUAGUCCAGAUGUCCCCGUAGUUCAUUCACCGACAUAUUUGUAGCGUGUGUGUGUGUUUGUAAAUGUGUAUCAUUUUCACUUGGCCACAGAAUUAGGAUCUCCUUGCAUUGCAUGCAGGCAUGACUUACUGAAAUUGCAUUUGAAAUCUGGUCAGUCCUUGUUUGUAGUUCUUUUUACCUCCUAAUUCCUAACUGUUUCCUGUUCACUUGUAAUUCUGUGUGUGACCUGACGUAUUCCUGACUUUUUUCUACUUGCCAGUCUGUGUCUUCUCUGCAUUGUAUAUAGUUGCUUUGAAGGUUUGUUUCACUGUGUGUCAAUACAUAAAGAAAUGUUAGCAAACUUGUGUACCUUAGAAGAUACUGCAGUCAGUGCAGGUGGCACUCGACAAUUUGUUCCCAGUGCAAAGCACUAAAAUCAGCACCAGUUUUCCCCAACGGAAAAAGUCAUCCAGACAAAUGAUUAAUGGAGGCAACUAGCUUUUCCAAAGAGGCGAAUUAGUCAGCAAUGUAUCUAAAGGUGUUUAUAAUGCCAAAGACGUAAGUGAGAGAAAAUGCAUGUUUGAUAUGUUAUUUGUCUUCUCUUUCCAGAGUGUGAAGAUUUUCAGAGUCUUGAUAUUGGGGGAGCUAGAGAGAGGACAAAGUCAGUUCCAGGCUCUCUGCUUCAUUACUCAGCUGCAGAGCAAUGAGAUUAUCCCCAGUGAGUCCAUGGCCAAACUACGUCAGGUGAGAGGAUAGACAUUAAAUUAUUCUAUGAAAUUGUGAAUUAUUCAGUAAAGGCUAAAAAAAAAAAAAAAUUGGUGUAGGGGUGUUUGUGAAUUUAUUUUGUUUUAUUGUACCAGAGAGAGCAGGAUCAGAUUGGGAGGUACUGAAAUCGCAACACAAUCCUGUACAAAUGAUUCAUUUGCAAAGCUUGUUAUAGGUUUAUUAAAGUAAUGCAAAAUGCUUAAAGGAAUACUCUAAGCACCAAAACAGCUUUAGCUUAAUGGAGUGGUUUAGGUGUAUAGAUCAUGCCGUGCAGCCUCACUACUCAAUUCUCAGCCAUUUAGUUAGACUGCAGAUGUAUGACCUAUACACUAAAACCACUCCAUUAAGCUAAAGUUGUUUUGGUGCUCUAAGUGUUCUAAAGUGGAUGUGGUGUUACUAUAAAUUUGAAAUUUGGCAGCAUAUAAUACAAAACAGGAAAACAAGCACAAGCUUUAACGUUUAAAUACUUUUAUGACUAUAUAGAUUCACUGACACAAUGUGGGGUAUCAAUACUAAUUUUGAUGCUCCCAGCAUUGCGACCUUCCCCUCUACAAAUUUAGAAAUGUCUCCAUUUGUGGUACUUUAACACAAAGCCAUAUCACAUUCUGCUGUAAAUAAUUGCAUUUAGAAAUGUUAUACUGACAGCCACUAGAGGUGCUCCUGCUGCACUGACCUAAUGAAACCUGGGGUCAUAGGAAAGCACUGGAUUUAAUGCUUUUCUAUAAAUAUUGAAUGAUCAAGGCACUCGCUGCCCUGCACAUCAGGUCCCCCAAUGCUCCUCUGAAGAUCAUUGGUUUGGUCCAACUCGCUGAUGUUAUGUGAGGCAGAGAGAAGAGCAGCGCCAAGUAUAUUUCGACACUGCAAAAAGCGUUAAAUCCAGUGCUUUCAUAUGACCCCUUAUUUUUUUUUAUUUUAUUUUGGGCGUGGGGUGGGACUAUGGGACAGGGCACUAUGACACAGGUUUUUGUUCCUAACACUAGAUUGCUACUUUAAUUGAUGCAUUUUUCCGUGCCAUAGAAUUAAAUGUACACAAUUUUUAAAAAAAUUUUUUAUAAUCUAUAUCGAAAAUGAAAGGCUUCUGGAUUUCCCCAGACUUUUAUGACAUGUUUGCUGUGAAACAUUCAGAGGCAUUCAAGAAAACAAAUUUGAUGUGGAAGAACCCACAUUACUGAAAGUAGUGUUAUGCAAUGUAAUUGUCGUUUUUUUGUUUUUGUUUUUUUUAUUUUUGUUUUUUGAUGGGGGCAGGGGAUGUGCAACCAUUAUUAUUAUUUUUCCUUGUAAACUUUUUUUAUUUUAUGGAUCUCAUCCUAACACGUUUUAAGUCAAUUAAUUAUCUGAGUAGUUUUAAACUGAAUUUAAAGGGACAGUAUAGGCACCAGAACCACUACAGUUUAAUGUGGUGGUUCUGGGGAGAAAGGGUCUAUUCGAAGAAAAGGCAGUGUUUACACUUCUUCCUAACUUGCUUUUACUGGCUUUCAGCCACCACAAGGCCUUUCAGCCACCACAAGGCCUUUCUUGGUUCAGCACUGCAAAGAUUGUAAGAUUGACGCUCAGUGUCUCCACGAUCAGCAUGGAGACACUGAAUACUCCCAAUAGCGAUGCAUUGACUCAGUGAGGAGAUGCUGUUUGGAAUAUUGUGGCGAUUAGCUGUGCAUGCACACUAACCUCCCAAAGCUUCCCUAUAGGGAAGCAUUGCAUUGGCUUAAAUAAUUCGGAUUGAUAAUCUCAGCAACCAGAGAAGGAGUGGUAGCCACGGCGAGACUGGUGUGCCAGGGGAAUAAAGGUGAGUAAAAAAAAAAUAGUAUGCAUUUGAGGCAUUUUGGAUUUUAGUGGCAAAGAUACCCUAAUAUGUGACAUUGAACAAGCAUCCAUAUUCCAGUUAUAAAAAAAAAAAAAAAGACAAACGGGCUGUUCUCUGAUACUCACUGCAACUGCUUAAAAACAUGGCAAAUCAAUACUUACAGGGUUAUUGAUGUAGCCAAUCAGAAUAAAUAAGUGAAUUAAUUGUGAUUCUGAUUCACCUCAGACAUAGUUUCUUUUGUGUGCUUAACUUUUUCUCCUUGUUUCAGAAUUUUUAUAGUUUUGUGUUUUUAAUGUAAGACAAGUUCAGGGCUACUUUUUUCUUUAUGACCAGAAAAGGUAGCCUCAUAAUGACCAGUGAUGCCGAACGGCCUUUAUUCACAAUGUGGCAUGUAGCCAGGUUAUCCGAGUAGCACCUGACCGUGUGGCCAGACCAAUAUGGUCCCCAAGCAAUGGCUGCCUCCACGAUUGCGUGCAACUCAAAUAAAGCCGAGGUGUCAGAAAAUUUGGGUAGUGAUUCGACUUCGGUAGGCCAAGGGCCCCAAAGCCAUUGGUCACCCCAGAUGGCAGCAAAGCCUGUGUUAGCUGCGGCAUCUGUCCAUAAUGUAGGUGAUGUGUUGGAUGGAGGUGGUAUAAACAUGGUUCACCCAUUCCAAGAGGUGAGAAAGACCCGCCACAUGCGUAAAUCAGAAUUUGCGUGUACAUAUAAUGCGAUAUGUGAAGUGUCCGAAGAAAACAGUGGAAACCAGGAUAGCAGGUGGGAUAUAAAAGAUCUACCUUGGGGUAUGAUCCUCAUGGCAAAAUUGAGUGAUCCAAGUAGUGAUUGGAGUUCUUUCCGAUUGCAAUGACCUUGUAGCAGGUAAUGUUCAAUACUUGCCCGGGUACGCUCAAUCUUGUCCUGAGGUAGACUGGCCUGCAUGUUUAUCGUGUCUAGUUGUAUGCCCAAAAAUUGCAUGUAGGUAUCUGGACCCAAAGUUUUGUGAGGAGAGACAGGAAUGUUAAGAGAUUCAAACAGUGCCAAUAAGUGAUUCAAACUACUAGGUGGAAGAGUGUUAUUCUCAAUCAAGAGGAAAUCGUCCAGAUAAUGUAUAACCGAAGGGCACUUGCACACAUUUAGUUAGAGCCUCUGCAAACUUGUCAAAAAUACGUGGACUGCUUUUGGAGCCGAAAGUAAGUCGGGUGAAAAAAUAAUACCUCCCUUGCCAUUUAAUACCGUGUAGAUGCCACAGGGAAGGGUGUGUGGGUAGAAGCUUGAAGGCGUUUACCACGUCUGUUUUACUCAGCCAUGCUCCCGUACCUGCUUGUAUAAUGGCCCCUAUGGCAUGGUCGAUAGUGGCGUAGUGCAGUGAAAAUUCUUCAGAAGGUAUUAGAGAGUUUAGGCUGGGGAUAGUGGAGGAGUGUGGUGCUGAUAGAUCAAUUAUCAGUCUGGGUUUAAGUGAGGUCUUCCCUGUGACCACCCCUAUAGGAUUGGUUCUCCAGGACGUGAAGGGUGGGGAAAAGAAUGGUCCCAACAGAAACCCUUGUUCCAGCUCAGUUGAGAUAAGUGUAUUUACCAACUGUGGAUCGUCUAAUGUGGAUUGUAGGUUGUCUCAUUCCAGUGUACCGGAGGGUAAGUGGACCAACCUGGUGUGAAAACCCUCGGUCAUGCCCAAAAUAAUAUAUUCAGUGAAAUGCCGUGAAGGAUGUGGCUGUAAAAGUGAUGUCAAUAAAGUGACGUUCACACACGUGUGAUACGGUUUUGGGAAUGCUUUAUUUGGGUACAUGGUUUUGGCAUGGGCUCUAAAACAGUGUGAACACACAUGCAUCAGUCUACAUGAACUAAAACCACAAUUGCCCGCAUUGAAAUUAUUGCAUAUCUAAGAUUUACCCAGGAAUACAAUGUCUCUCCCCAGCUUAUCUUUUAAUCCCUUGGUAGCUUUAGAGCUUUAGGAAAGUUAGGGGAAGAUUGGUUUUGUUCAAUCUCGGCUGUGUUAGGGCAGAGAUUAGUGUGAUGUGCUGUAGAUGCGCAUACUACACAUGCUGGAGGCCUGAGGCCUGCAAAAUGCCUGCAGAAUAGCUCAGUGUCCAAUUUGUUCCAAUUAAUGCUUAAAUUGAGCUGAGCCAGAGCUGCAGCCACCUUUGCAGAAAAGGAACGCUGGUAAUCGUAAAAAAAAGCGGUACCACCGUAUUUGUGGCCCAGGUCCACCAUCUUGUGCAUGAAUGCAUCCAGCUCUGCUCUUUUCCCUGGGAAUACUGAGCAAUAUACAUCCCUAUAAAUCCCCAAACCCAGUACAAAUUCAGGUAUUGACAGUUUUUUAUUUAGUCUAGGGUCUCUAGACCUUAGUACGACAGAUAUAUCCCCAUAUGCAAAAGUCCUAUUCUCUAGGACAGUGAUGGCGAACCUUUUUGAGCCCGAGUGCCCAAACUGUAAUACAUGCCAAUUUUUUUUCCCCUCAAAGUGUCAAAAUGGCAAUUAAACCUGAAUACUGAGGUUUAAGUUUAGAAAAAACAACUCAUACAGUUGUCCGAACUAAUUAACAUCUCUGUGUGUGUAUUAAGCUGUUUGCGUGUGUGCUCGGCAGUCUGUCUGUAUGUGUAUUUAGCAGUCUGUCUGUGUACUUAGCAGUCUGUCUGUAUUUAGCAGACUGCUGAAUACACACACAGAUUGCUGAGUACACAGUCUGCUAAAUACACACACACACACACACACAGACUGCCGAGUACACACACAGACUGCUAAAUACACACACUGCAUUGAGGGGUACAGUGUAUGUGUUUGUGGGUGGGGUGAUGUUUGUGUGGGGUGAUAUGUGUAGGGCAGGGGUGCUGUGUGUAUGUCAUCCCCUCUCUCCCCCCCCACUGUUUUCUUUCCCCCCCAUCCCUCCCUCAUUUUUUUUUCUCCCAUCCCACACUCAGUUUUCUCCCCCCAUACCUCCCUCAGUUCCCCCCUCCAUCUCUCCCUCAGUUUCCCUCCUCCAUCUCUCCCUCAGUUUCCCUCCUCCAUCUCUCCCUCAGUUUCCCUCCUCCAUCUCUCCCUCAGUUUCUCCAUCUCUCCCUCAGUUUCUCCCCUUGAUUUCCUACGUGGCAUGGCCGAGUGCACCGCGGAGCUCAGUUUCCAGUACCCGGCCGGACAGGAAGUGCUCUCUCUGUGAGCACUUCAUUUCUGGCCGCCCGGGUACAGGAAACAUAAGUUCCUGUACCGCGGCGCGCUCGGCCACGCUACACAGAGUGCCUGGCAGGAGGGAGCGCUAUGCGCUCACCUCCUGCCGGUCACUCUGGUUUUGCGCCCGCCUGCCUUAUGGAUGCACCAGCGGAGCGCACCUUCCCUCCCUCCGGCGACCUAUGGCCGCGUGCCCACAGAGGGGGCUUGGCUUGCCACCUGUGGCACGCGUGCCAUAGGUUCGCCAUCACUGCUCUAGGACAUCCUGGGAGGCUAUAAGCAAUGACACCAGGUUGACAUCCUUGCCUUCCAGAAUGUCCUUUUUAAGUUGAGAUGGGACCAUGUGUGAGGGGUUAAUAUCUUCGCUAAGAGACCCUGAUUCCAAAGUAUUACCAGUCAUGACAGCCAGAGGGUGACUGGCCGCAAUUGGGUUCGUAGCUGUCUGUUUAGUACCACUUGUUUCCAAUUUAUCCAGUCUGUCAUUAAUUGUGCUGAUGGAUGACAUGAGCGAGGUCAUCAUGGCGUGAAAUGUUGGCAAUUGUGUGCCACUAGGGCCUUCCCCUGCAUCAGAGUUGUCAGUGCCCGUAUUCAAAAGUCUGAACAACUCAGCUUUCCUAGCAGUAGCUGGGAAAGGGAUGCUGCGUCUUCUAAGUUCUGCCGUGAGACGUGGGAUGGUCCAUGAUCUGAGAGAAGCAGGACUAGCAACGUCUGUUGCAGGAACAGGGGUACCAGGCCUAGCGGGAGUGCAGGGUAGCGAGAGUUCCUCGGGGAUAUCAGGAUUAUUAGACAUAACUGAAAAAUAUAAGUAAGCUUUAAUCAAUCACUCUGUAAUGUUUUAUUUGGGUGGAUACUGGUAAGGCUAGCUAAAUGCAAAGCGGCGAAACAAUUAUACUUAUGGAUGGUGACAGAUGAGUCCCUACUAAUUGCCAAGCGGCCUGAGAGGCGCUACCUAUGCGUGGGCCCGAGGGGAACGUAUGAGGCCACCGAACGUUGUGGCAGGGUGUUGGCCUCUCGGUGGUAUUUAAAGCAUAAGAUAGAUUGGGAGUGACAGGUGAGGCCCUCUCUAUGCGACAAUGCGAGACGGCUAGCUAUGAUUUGGCCCGAGGGGCGUAUUCCUCAGAGUAUGAGGAGAGGGGUGUUGGUCUCGCGGGACCACUAGCCUAUGGAUUAAGAAACUUUUACCUAGUUGGGUCAUAUAACUUAGGACCAGUAACCCUCAGAACAUGGUAGAGGGAAAAGAAAAAAAAUAAUGGGUUCUGGCGUAGUACCUGAUAUGUGAGUCAGGUUGCGCUGUCGAGGUAGAAGUAACCAGGGACUGUAAGAGUCUCGAGAUGAUUACCUGUUGGAUAUGAGAUUCGAUAUAUGAACGUGUGAUUAAACGUAGUGUUAUGGCCAGAUCGUGGGCCCUAAAAAACAAGGAACCUACCCGACACUGCAGAGAGUAGAUUUAACGAAAUUGACGACGGUUUUCCGUGCUUGUAAAAGCUACCGUUUUGAAGGCAAACAACCUAAAAAGUAAAAUACAUGCUUAACUAAUGUAAUGUGUAUCAUUGGACUGCAUAAAACAUAAUUUAAACAAUAACCAACCUAUAAGAAAAUUGAUACCAAUGACAGAUUUCACAAUUCCCAGUACGAACCACUGGGAUGACUCUGUGGGGAAAAACAAAUUCAGGAAAUCAUGACCCAUCAACUCGUUUAACAACAUUCCUAUUCAAAAAUAGAUUUACUGCAAUAACAUUUGUAAUCAGUAGGGGCGGAAUUCCCUUGGAGUACUGGCUGAAUUCGUGUUUAAUACGUGAGUUAGUGUAGCUGCCCAAAGAACUAUGUAGAGUAUAGUAACAACUGAAUAGAUACACCAUAAUUUACCUGCGAAACCAACCGAUUGAUGUUUAAGUAUGAUUUAACCGAAUGAUAACGUUCGUUAGUUUGAACUUGUGAAGCAUUAAGACGAAUGCCAUAGUGAUAUAAUAAAACGAAUCGAACAUAGAUUUGAACCGAACGGGGCACCGCCGUGUAAAGCAGGGGAAUUGCAGCGGUUGCUUUAUGGCGAGCCUGACUUACGUUUUUUGUGAAGAGGAAGCACCAAGCGAGCUGUGCGGACACCGGCGACGGUAAGGAUAGCCAGGGGAGCCCGGACCAGGAGACCACGAUGGAACAGGUAAGGAAAAUCCAAGAUGGCAGUCUGAACCGGAUUAACGUUUCAGACUCGCCAGACCAGCAACGGUAAGGUGGGAGUGGAUUGGCAGCCCUUUUAAAGGUGAACCAAGCCCCUCCCACAACUCCAGGCCAAGCCUUCAAAAAAAAUAAAAUAAAUAUAUAUGAUUCUAAACACCACACUUUUUUGUUUUUGCCCCGAUUUUUCAUGAGCUGAACUCAAAGAUCUGCCACUCUAAAAUGUGCAGUUUUAUCACACAGCACAAUGCCACAGAUGUUGCAAGUUUUGAGAGAGCAUGCAAUAGCUGUUGCCCAUGAAUUGAAUGUUCAUUUCUCUACCAUAAUCAGUCUCCAAAGGCAUUUCAGAGAAUUUGGCAGUACAUCCAACCGGCCUCACAACCGCAAACCACAUGUAAUCACACCAGCCCAGGACAGCUGCUCUAACAAUCGGUUUGCAUAACCAAAGAAUUUCUGCACAAACUGUCAGAAACCGUCUCAGGGAAGCUCAUCUGCAUGCUCGUCCUCAUCAGGGUCUCGACCUGACUGCAGUUCGUCGUCGUAACCGACUUGAGUGGCAAAUGCUCACAUUCGAUGCAAUCUGGCACUUUGGAGAGGUGUUCUCUUCAUGACUGAAUCCCGUUUGUUUUACUGUACAGGGCAGAUAGUAGACAUCGUGUAUGGCGGCGUGUGGGUCAGCGGUUUGCUGACGUCAACGUUGUGGAUCAAGUGGCCCAUGGUGGCAGUGGGGUUAUGGCAGGGCUUGACAAAUCCCAGGCGUCCUGGCAUGUGGAAUUUGUCAGCCUUUUACUUAAAGUGGCUGGCUAGGCAAACAAUGGAGCCAGCCGGACGGCUGCCUGCCUGCUCAGAAAGCUGUGUAUAGCCGGCCGCCCGCGGGAGCAUGGAGGCGGCAGGCUGGGGCAGCGCGCAAGGGAGCAGUCUUCCUGCAGCUCCUCUCUGCACUCUCACGCUCUUUAAUGAUGCCGGGAGCUGGAAGAUGACGUUAUUUGGCAUCACUGCAGACAGUGUGAGGGAGCAGAGAGGAGCUGCAAGAAGAUUACUGCUCCCUCGCACCCAGGAUAUCGGCCCCAGUGGACCCCAGGGAAAGUCCACUCAGCUCUCCCAAAGGUAGGGAGGCUUGGUGUAUUAGAAUUAAAAAUAUAAAUGUGUGAAUGUUAGAGAGAGUCUAUGUCUAUCAGAGUGUGGAUAUGAGAUUCGAUAUAUGAACGUGUGAUUAAACGUAGUGUUAUGGCCAGAUCGUGGGCUCUAAAAAACAAGGAACCUACCCGACACUGCAGAGAGUAGAUUUAACGAAAUUGACGACGGUUUUCCGUGCUUGUAAAAGCUACCGUUUUGAAGGCAAACAACCUAAAAAGUAAAAUACAUGCUUAACUAAUGUAAUGUGUAUCAUUGGACUGCAUAAAACAUAAUUUAAACAAUAACCAACCUAUAAGAAAAUUGAUACCAAUGACAGAUUGGGUGUCUGUUUAGGUACCUGCCCUCCUACGAUCACAUGAUUGGUGUUUUUUACUUACCUUUUUUCCCCACGCCGUACUGGUUUCGCAGUCACUUGUCCUGCCUCCAUAGCUGAGAUCUUAAUGGUCUCAGCUAAGCCAAUGUUUUCCUAUAGGAAAGUAUUGGGAGGACAUUACGCAUGUUCUCUAUGGGUAACAUUCAGCGCCUCCAUGUAGAGCACUGACACAGUGACUGUCACUAGAGGUCUUACUAGGCAGCAAUGUAAACGCGGCCUUUUGUGUACAUAGAAAAAGUCUUAGAUCUUUGAGUUCAGCUCAUGAAAAAUGGGGGCAAAAACAAGUGUUAUGUUUAUAAUUUUGGUUCAGGGUGUGUGUGUGUGUGUGUGUGUGUGUGUAAUAAAUAUAUAUGCGCACACAUUUUAAAAUAAAUAAAGAUAUUUCUUAUAUUUAUUCAUAAUAAAUAUAUACACACACACAACCCAGGCAGACAGUCCAGAUAAUUUAAUUGGCAAGCACUAUAUUUAACCCUGGUGGAUUGAAAGUAACCAAUCAGAGAGUUAUGAGUCAAAUUACACAGCGUGGGAAUAUUACAAAGAACUUUCCCACGCUGUGUAAAAUGACACAGAGCACUCUGACUGGAUUUCAAGCUAACCAAUCAGAGUGCUGUGACAGGUAAAUGUAGAGACUUACCUGUCAGUCUCUUCAUACCUGUCAGAGCACUCUGGUUGGAUGGCUUAAACCCACCAAUCAGAGUGCUCUGAGCCUAAUUGCAGCACGGGGCAAGGCUUAAAAAGCCUUCCCUCGCCCUGCAGAGCUCAGUCUGCGCGAUGCCCUCCAUGGGUAAACAUGGAUUUUUUUUGAUUUUUUUUAAAAAGGGAUGGGGGCCAGGGGGGAGGACUAUAGGUCCCCCCCCUUAUUCUAAUUUAGGCCCCCCACCCACCCCUCAGGGGUGGGGGCCAUGGGGAGGACAAUAGGUCCUUCCUCUUUAUUGGUAUUUAGGGCCCCCACUCGCCACUCAGGGGUGGGGGCCCUUAUUCUAAUUUAGGGCCCCAACCACCACUCCGGGUGGAGGCCAGAGGGGGGAGGACAAUAGGUUUUCCCCCUUUAUUCUAAUUUAGUGCCCCCACCCGCCACUGGGGUGGAGGCCAGUGAGGGGAGGACAAUGGGUGUGUCACUCCCCUCCCUUAUUUUAUUUUAGGGCCCCCAUCCACCGCUCAGGGGUGGGGGCUGGGGGGGGGACAAUAGGUCCGCCCCCCUUAUUUUACUUUAGGGUCCCCACACACCGUUCAGGGGUGGGGGCCAGAGGGGAGAGGACAACAGGUUCCCCCCCCCUUCAGGUUAGAAGCCCCCACUCGCGCGGCACGGGUGGGAGCUCGGGAUGUUUGUUUUAUUUUUUUACAGUGAGCAGCCAGAUGCUGCUCACUGUUUACUAGACAUGCGCUACUUGCGGUAUAGCGAUUAUGGGCAGAAUUUAAGAAUACUAAGUAAUCUUUACUUAGUAUUAGUAAAUUUGGCUGAAAGACCAGAUCGCUCCAUAAUACCGUGAGAAUUAGGGCCCCCACUCGCCACUCAGUUAUCUACUUUUUUUAUUCCUGUCAUUCCAUUGACUGGCUAUUAAGUAACUUAUAUUUUAUAUGAAUGUAUGUUACUUGAUUGUUGUAAGUGUUGCAAAUGCUUACAGCUGAAUCCUGGCUAUGUUUGUAUACUUUUUAUUUACACUUGUAUACAGUGUAACAUUCUUCAUUCUUCCACUGGGUAGGUAUAUUAGUACUUUGGCAAUACUGUACUUCGGAACUUUGGCACUUCGGAAAUUCGGCAAUUUCGGGACUUCGGCAAUUCCGCUAUUCUGACAUUCGGAACGAAACGAAUUGCACAUGUCUAGUAUAGAUCGUGCCUCUGAAGUUUCACUGCUCAAUUCACUGUCAUUUAGGAGUUAAAUCACUUUUGUUUCUAGCACACCUCCCCUGGCCACACCUCCCCUGGCUGGUUGUGACUGAUACAGCCUGCAUGGAAAAGAAAAUGGUUUUGCUUUCAAUCAGAUGCUUACUUACUUGAAAGGUUUUUAUCUCCUGCUCUGUAAAUUGGAAUGUAAUUACAUACAUGCGGCUCCUGAUGGAUAUAGUAAGCUAUUACCAGAGCACUGGCUCUAUGUAUCAUUUGCUUUUUAUAGGAUGAUGUAUUAACAUAUAUAUUUACCUUACAAUUUAGUCUGGUGUUUUAUUUAUUUCUCCUUUUUAUAUAGAAAAACCCACAUACAGUACGUCAGGCUGAAGAGAUGAGAAAAAUUGAGAAUUUGCAGAUGGACGUGGCUGUUAAUUUUACUAAAGCACUCCAGCUAAGCCCCCAUGUUCAUAACAUUUGUGCAGAGGCAAAAGAGGCCAUUUAUACAAGACAAGAUGAUGUACGAGCAUGGCUAGAGAAAGGUAAGUGGUGAUGAGGUAGAGGAAAGAUCAGGAACUUAGUGGCUUUGUCACCACAAAUAAACAUCUAAGCUGCUUUCACUUAGCUCCCUGUGCUUGAAUCUUUUGGUUUCCUGAGUGCCUUAGUUUUCAUAAAAUACAUAAAGAAAAGUAGAAACUAAUAGGAUUAAUAAAUAUAUAUUAUAAUAAAAUAUAUACACUGCUCAAAAAAAUAAAGGGAACACUUAAACAACACAAUGUAACUCCAAGUCAAUUACACUUCUGUGAAAUCAAACUGUCCACUUAGGAAGCAACACUGAGUGACAAUCAAUUUCACAUGCUGUUGUGCAAAUGGUAAAGCUAACAGGUGGAAAUUAUAGGCAAUUAGCAAGACACCCCCAAUAAAGGAGUAGUUCUGCAGGUGGUGACCACAGACCACUUCUCAGUUCCUAUGCUUCCUGGCUGAUGUUUUGGUCACUUUUGAAUGCUGGCGGUGCUUUCACUCUAGUGGUAGCAUGAGACGGAGUCUACAACCUACACAAGUGGCUCAGGUAGUGCAGCUCAUCCAGGAUGGCACAUCAAUGCGAGCUGUGGCAAGAAGGUUUGCUGUGUCUGUCAGCGUAGUGUCCAGAGCAUGGAGGUGCUACCAGGAGACAGGCCAGUACAUCAGGAGAUGUGGAGGAGGGCAACAACCCAGCAGCAGGACUGCUACCUCUGCCUUUGUGCAAGGAGGAGCACUGCCAGAGCCCUGCAAAACGACCUCCAACAGGCCACAGAUGUGCAUGUGUCUGCUCAAACCGUCAGAAACAGACUCCAUGAGGGUGGUGUGAGGGCCCGACAUCCACAGGUGGGGGUUGUGCUUACAGCCCAACACCGUGCAGGAACACCAAGAUUGGCAAAUUCGCCACUGGCGCCCUGUGCUCUUCACAGAUGAAAGCAGACCUCAUGUGGCUGGAGUGUGUCAGCAGUUCCUGCAAGAUGAAGGCAUUGAUGCUAUGGACUGGCCCGCCCGUUCCCCAGACCUGAAUCCAAUUGAGCACAUCUGGGACAUCAUGUCUCGCUCCAUCCACCAACGUCACGUUGCACCACAGAUUGUCCAUGAGUUGGCAGAUGCUUAAGUCCAGGUCUAGGAGGAUAUCCCUCAGGAGACCAUCCGCCACCUCAUCAGGACCACGCACAGGCGUUGUAGGGAGGUCAUACAGGCACGUGGAGGCCACACACACUACUGAGCCUCAUUUUGAUUUGUUUUAAGGACAUUACAUCAAAGUUGGAUCACCCUGUAGUGUGUUUUUCCACUUUAAUUUUGAGUGUGACUCCAAAUCCAGACCUCCAUAGGUUGAAAAAUUCGAUUUCCAUUUUUUUAAUUUUUGUGUGAUUUUGUGGUCAGCACAUUCAACUAUGUAAAGAACAAAGUAUUUCAGAAGAAUAUUUAAUUAAUUCAGAUCAAGGAUGUGUUAUUUUUGUGUUCCCUUUAUUUUUUUGAGCAGUGUAUUUUUAAUUAUUUAUAAAGCGCCAACAAAUUCCAAUGUAUAAUGGGUAGACUAGAUAGGGUUGGAUGCGCGCAAUGUUUUUGAGAUGGAAGCGAACGACUGGAUAUGAGGAAUUAGGGAUGUAGAGGUUGGAGUGUUAGAGAACACCUAGGCAGCGAGCCUGCGCCGAUGACUUGGAGGAAAACAAGCACACCAUGGUAGAAGAGAACAGAUGUUGAGAUCCAGCACAAAGAAGAAAUUAUAAUUAACAAGGCCAGGGGGUGUAAGGUACAAGGGGCUUUAGGAAGUAGACCUCAAAAGGGAGUUUAAGAAAAUAAUUAUAAUACAGGUUCGCUUUUACAGCAAGUAGACCGCGUCUGAUGUAGAAGAACUGAGAAAGAGAAAAUUGCUUAUGCAGUAAGCGGAAAAGAGAAGUAAAGGCAUGGAUUCUAAGGAAUGAGGAAGGUGUACAAGAGGCAGCUAUUGCAUUAAAAAAAGAAAAGUAAUUGAGAGGGAGAGAAAAACUGUAAACAGUAUGGUAUAUAUAUGUAAAACUGGGUUAUAAUCUAAUUUUAAGGGUAUAAAAUAUACUGUUUUUGGUAAAAUAUAAUUGGCAUGGCUUAAAUGUUUAAUGUUUGUUAGUAUAUAAAUAUUUAUCACCAUUUUGCCCUUUCUCCCCUGACUAUUUCCAUGAUAACUCUUGAUUACGUUUCAUAAAUAAAGGAACACUCCAAGCACCAUAACCACUUUAGUUUAGCGGAGUGAUCACCAUGUUUUCUCUGUUAUGUUUGUUUGUUUUUAUGUUGUUUUACUUUUAUAUUGCCUCCCUGGAAACAAGAUUGAUAAGUAUAUCACAGGAGAGAGUGUACUUGAAUUGAUGAAAGUGUGUAGAUUAUUGGAAACUCAUGUCUGGAAUACAAUAAAAUGAAUGGUUCAGAAAUAUUUAGGAAAAAAUGCUUUCUUCUGGAAAAAAUUGCUCAGUGGGCCAUAGGUUGCUGUAGACAUUGUUGAAAUCCCCGACUGAUGCACUCAGACUUUCAUUCUUCAAAUUGUCAAUAAAAAUAGUACAAAAUCUUUUGAAUUAUAGUGUUAUGCAAAUAUGGAUAUAUGUUUGAUGCCUUCUAAUAGAUUUGAAACAUGAACAAAGUGUAUUUUCUACUUUCUGUUUCUAGGAAUUGAUGGAUCUAUGUUUGAGGUUCUUCCUCAGUCUUCCUCUCUUCCAGCCCUGCCAACAUGCAAGGUCUGUUCUCGGGAAUGGAAACCAUGCAUUUGUUCAUACCGACUUAGCCUGGAGUGGAUUCCAUGCAGCCUGAAAUAUUGCAAAAACAGAGACUCCUCUGGACGUACCACUACCUACAAGUGUGGCAUUCGAAGCUGCCAAAAGAGUUACAGCUUCCAUUUUUAUGUCACACAGAAACAACUGUGUCUGUGGGAUGAGGAGACCUAAAACCAUUUUUGUGAAACACCAUUAUAUUGUUUCCACCAUUGCUCCACCAGCUAUAUGGGACCACAGUUUCUCAGGAUGCAAAAUAUUUACGCCUUAGAGUUGCCUUAUACUGUGAAUCAUUCGGAUCUCAAAAGAAGUCUUAAACUAGAUCCUGUUCUCACCCACUUCCUGCUGUUGCCGUGAAGCUAGGAUUAUUUCUUUGCUAUUGCACAAUGAUUGAACCUAUAAAGCACUGAAAUGUGCCUUUAAACAAUGUGCCUCGGUGGUCUUCACCAUACAGCCAGAUCAAAUCUCCUGCCUCUGAAGUGCCUUAUUGCCACAUAUGUAUUUACUGCUCGACGUGUUUAUAUGAACUUACAGAGGUGCCCAGUAUUAAAAAGACCUAUUAAUGUAUUUGAAGUUUAAACCCUUAUCGGAGGGGACAGAACAUGGAAAUGUAUCGUUGGUCCCUUUAUGGAUUCACAGAUCUCCAUUUGACUUUUUCACUUGUAUCUGCUUAGUUCAUCAAUUUUUUUUUUUAUUUUUUUUUAAUGAAAUCUUCUAUUAAAGUAUCCCAUUUUCUAUCAAAAUACCAUGAUGUGUAAAGUACAGUAAUCUGUUGUUUUUAUUACCUUGUAUAAUUUGUUGGCAUUCGUAAUGCUUGCCAAAGCAAUCCUUUUUGUUCUUCUAAGAUGAUCUAGAAAAGUUGUGUAACAUUGCCCUCUGCUGGGUGAAUAUGGUACGCUAAUUUUGUGAGACACAAUUUGUUUAACCAACAUAGUUGAGAUAAGUGGUGAUAUUGGCAGUAAUGUACAAGAUAAAAGGAAAGUCUGAAACUGACUUUAACAUGCCUAAAUGGCAGUAGUUAAGUAUUUCAGAUCCACAGGUUUUAGAACGAAUGCAAUGGCUAUUCCUUACAGUUGUCGACUUUAUUUGUAAAAUUAGCCAAGUGAUCAAAAUGGAACUGAUGUUUACAGCAGUUAGAUACAGAACAAUGGGAACAAGUUUAGAGUUUGGGGUUGGAAAUAGCAAAAAGUUAUUAUUUUUCUUUUUUUUUCACUAAAAAUCUUCAUUCACUUGAAAGGCUUAAGGAUUGUCAUGUGUCUUAAUAAAUAUGUAAAAGUGUAUUGGUAAAACAUGUUUAAAAACAGAACUACAAGUUUUAAUGCCAUGAUGUUGUAAAUAACUAUAGGUAGGGAUGGGGUGCAAUAGAAAAUGGAUUACCUUUUUAUCUUUUGAAAAAGCUGUUGCCCAUGAACCAAGAGGAUUAUUUAGGAUUACUUCUAAUUAGAUUACAUUUUCAAGAUUGCAACUAUUUCCAUUUUUUGCUUUUAAAUCCAGUGAUCAAUAUGUCCAUUGGAUAUGUUGUACACUGAACUGAAGUUGUACACAUUCUAAUGCAUACCUUUGAUCUGAACUGGAGGUUCUCUGAUGAGUUCCUGAUGGUGACAUAUAAGUGGGUUAUGGCUCAGUGGUUGGUGCAGGAGGGAUGGCAACAUGUGAGAAGCUCUCCUGCAAUACACAUUUGGUUUAAACUGUGAAUGCCCCUAUCUUUACUUUCUGCUUGUCAGCUAAUUCGGUUAGAAUAGUUUGAGAAGUGACCAAGAGAAUGCCCACUUGAAUGUAAAAUCUUUUAAAGGGACUAUAAAAUAAAAAUAUACUUUAUUUUUGUGUCCAUUAAAUCAUACGGUUCAUUCAGAGAUAUAAACAUUCUACAUAGUUUCCUUAGAACCUGUCAAAUAACAAAACCUGAAAAGAAAAAGAAAAAUUAACUUUCACAUUUUUAUUUUUUAUUUUUUCAGUACUAAGGAAAUUAUAUGUAUAGUCUUGCGUAUCUGUAGAAGUAUAUUCAGUUUUCCAGGACAUCUGUGAUUAGAUUUAAAAGAAUAUGUACUUUGUUCCAUUUUUGUCUCUUUAUUUAAAGAAGGACCAGAACUGCGAAUAGCUACUUUAAGACCAUCUCUAAAGUGCUGAUGCUACAUUUCCCCAAUUAUUAACAUUCCACAAACCCAAUCAUAUGGCAUUACCAGCUUACUCGUAUGACCUUUUGUAACACUGAGUAUACUUGGCUGUUCUGAUGUGAUUGCAUCUGUCAAGCCGUGAAAAGCUUGACAAUUUGCAUAUAAAACCUGUUUGCAGUUUAGACUAGAGCCACGGUCAUUCUCAUCCAGUCCUAAAAUCUGGCACAAUUUAGAUACUGUCAAUUAGAAAAUGAACAGUGCAGUGGGUGGCAUUUCUGCAACCAUUUCAGUGCUGUACUCUGCCUUUCAGCUCAUUAUUUCCCCUGAGAAGACCGCGGGUCAUAGCAAUUUGAACAGCAUCUAUUGUAGGGAUCGACCGAUUAUCGGUUUUACCGAUAUUAUCGGCCGAUAUUCAGUAUUUUAUGCAAUAUCGGUAUCGGCCAAUAAAGAUACCGAUAUUGCCGAUAAUGCAUAACAGGACCGCCAGGCUCAUUACAAGCCCGGCGGUCCUGGGGGAGGCCGGCAGCAAGCGCUUACUUACCUUUUCAGCAGCUCCUGCAGCACCCUGUCUAAAUCUCGCGAGAUUUACACAGGAGAGCUUCAGGAGCUGCUGGAAAGGUAAGUAAGCGCUUGCUGCCGGCCCCCACUGCACAUCCAUGCCACCUGACCACCAGGGACUGUCAUAGCCCCCCCUCCCUGGGCAUGUAACAAGCAGGAAGGGGGGCCAAAAAAUGUUAAUAUAUAAACAUUAAAAACUAAAAUAAAAAAUGCCUUUCUCCCCCCAUUUUACACAAAUCGCAUCCCUUCAGGAACACACACACACUCUGUAUAUAAUGCAGAGUGUGUAGUGUGUGUAUAUAAUGCACACACUACACACUCUGCAUUAUAUGCACACACUACACAUGCUGCAUUAUACACACACACACACUACACACGCUGCAUUAAAUACACACACUCUGCUCUCACUUUACGCACACUCUGCAUUCAUUAUAUACACACUACACAGUCACUGCAUUAACGAUACACACUACACAGUCACUGCAUUAACUAUACACACUACACAAACACACCCUGCAUUCAUUAUAUACACACUACACAAAUACACACAGCUCCCCUGUCUAAAAACACUGCAUGUAGCAUGUAUAUUUUGUGCAUUUACCUUUAGAAAUAGUUUAUUUUUUCAAAAUGGUAAAUGCACAGAAUAUUGGCAAGUUAUCGGCUAUCGGCCUGAAAGUUUACAUAUUAUCGGUAUUGGUAUCGGCUCUAAAAAAUCAAUAUCGGUCGAUCCCUGCAUUGUUUGUUACGUUUUACAGCAUACUUUUCAGAACAUGGUGUCCAUGUUUGCAUAUAUUAAAGCCAGUCUGUCUUCUAAAUGAUACUUGUAGCAUGCCACAGAGCAUGAAACCAUUCUUAUGUCAAUGCCCUAUUAAUUGUUUUAUGUUUGUUCACAUGGCUAUUUAUAACACAACUGUACAGGCAUUUCCCGUCUCUUAUGCCUAGAACAUCUUUCUCAUGAUGCUCCUGACCUCGAAUAUUUUUAAUUGAGGUUUUGUAGAAUUUUCUAUUCUAAAACAUGGUGCAAUGGAAGAGUUAACAAUGUAACGUGCCUGCUUGUUGGUGACGAACCUACAUUUAGACCACUUCUUUAAAAAAACAAAACACUUUGAUAAAUCUCCCUCAUUGUGUUGUGUUGACAUUGUGGUGACUUUUAGGAUCUGACUGUAACCAAGCUGCCAUGGAACUUCUAAAAAAGUAUUUUUUUUUUGUUUUGUUUUGUUUUUAUCUCCAUUAACAUAUGAACCAUUUUCUGGAUGACUCAUACACUUUUUUGAAAAUUUGAAUUGACUAAUUUUUUUUUUAAUCCUUUUUGAAUAAUGUAUUUUAUGGGAAAACGUCCGCUAAUAUACUUGCAAGAGCUUAUUGUAACAUUUGCUAUGUAAACUAAAUAAAAUUUAACAUGCAAAUUUAUUAUUUAGAACAAAAACUAUAAAAUGCAUAAAGGCUGUGUUGAUGUCUGAAGUGCUCAAGUGCCCUUCAAACAUUACCAAGGCACUAUGUGAGAGCACAUCUCACACCAACAGUGAUGUAAACUGAAAAGAUAUUUAUUCUAUCUGUUAUAUACAAUUAGAUUUUUUUUUUUUUUGGUAUUCUAUAAAGCGCCAGCAUAUUCCACAGUGCUGUACAACAGGUAAACAAAAUCGAUCCUAAAUUCUAACAAAACAUGAUUGGCGUACUGGAUCAGUAGGUCAAGAGGACCCUGCCCAAACAAACUUUAAAAUCAAAAUGUUUUACUGGCAGAUUUCUUGAAAUUUUAUUACAGCAAAGAAAACCUUCCUUCUGUGCAACAAAGUAAUUACGAAUGUGCUUAGUAAUGUCAGAGUGUUGGAAAAUAUAUUAUUUUUAAAUGUUACAAAAUGCUCUUUUAGGACGAUGUUGGCUAUACUAUUCCUUUUGUUUUCAAGGGAGUUUAUGGUUAAACAUUCUUUUAUUAAUAAGUCUGCAAGAAAAACAAAGGGUGACUUCUAUCACAUGUAUGCAUGAUGACAAUUUAUGAGAAACUUGUCAUUUUUUUUGUAGGUUAAACUGACGUCCUAAUAUUGCACUUUUUACAUUUGGCAGAGCCUGAUAUAGUAUAUUUGUAUAAAAUGUUUCGAUCAGUUAUCCCAGCACAUGACAGGAAACUACAACAGCUGUAUAUUUUUCCUCCAAAUAAUUAAUUUCAUUCUUGCUCCAAAUUAUCAGUGCCUUACGGACAAUUAAUUAUUUAAAGCCUUACUGUAGGCACAAUUAACACACAAAUCUAACAAUAAAAAAGGGAAAUGUAAAAACAUAACGCUACAUAAAUAAUUAUACAGGCUACGUAGCUCCAUGGUUGUUAUUCUAUUCUAAUACAAAUUUAAAAUGUAAAAAUACCAAAGAUACUAAUAGAACAUCUUUUUAUUCGGUAAUCGUUAACAGGUAGAGCAAUGAGACCUGUGCUCAAACCUAAUCUUUCCCAACUAUGCGAACAUCUCGGCAAUCAAGUGCUGCUUUUCGCAACUGAAGCCUUGAUUAAUUUUAUUUUUGUAUUGGUGUGGAUUUUAUUUUUAUAUAUGUUCCUAUGUAUGUAGUAUCUUUGGUGGUUUUACAUCUUUAAUGUUUUUUGUAUUUUCUUUUUUUCUAUUAACAUAGGGAUAUGCUUUGUUUAAAUUGCAACUAAGCCAUAUAGAUUUUCUGUUGAUUUGACUGCAUUAUUGUGUUACUCAUUAUAUUUGUUAAUGAUUCUCUCGUGCCCUUCCUUGUACUUGCCAGUUUCUAAAGGUACAUUUGGUCAGUAUAUCUGAAAACUACCAGAGGUAUUCAUUUUAAUGUCUAAGCCUCAAUAACCAAAUUGUAAAAAUAUUUCCAAACAACCUGUUUUCAAUUUAACUAAUGAUGGCCUAACAUUUUAAAUCCACUUUGAACUCCCAACUAUUCACGUGUUGGUGAGUUAGUCUGCACAGUAAUCUAAUACUUGGGUGGCAAUAUGGUACAGAGACAAAUAUGUGAAUUUAUAGGUCUAACCGCUGUGUUGACCUGCACUCAAGUCCUUUUGCCCUGAACACUAACAGGGUUGUUUACUAAAGUAAAUAAUUGCUAGGAAUUUCAAGUAAUUCAAAGCUAUGCUUUCAGCUUAACCCACUUUGGCCUUAAAUUUGAAAUUGACUUUGAAUUUUUGGCAAUUCUCACUUUUGUGUAUAAUAACCCUGCAAGCGGUAGAUUUACAAAUAGUGUAACUUGCAGAUUUUUACUAAUUCAUGCAUUAUCACACAAGGCAAGCAGACAGACAUUCUUUGAAGAUAUGAUGGUCCCUGCAUGUGUAAAUUACGGAAUAUGGUUAAACUUCAUAUAUGUGAAUGAUAUGGACAUCCCUUUUUCUUUUUUAAAUUGAUAAAAUGUAUUGUAUGCUUUGUGUAUACAUGUGUUUGUGUAUAUACAUGCACACAGAGUUAAAAAUAAUGUCCUCUUUCAUUAUUUUUAUUUUUUAACUUUAAUACUGGUGAGUGACAUAGCAGUUUACAAAAAAUAAUACACAUACUCGUAAUGGCAAAUGACUUGUGAAACAUUUAUACCCCAAAUGGGGUUUCAGUUUCCUAAUAAGAAUUACAAAUCUCCAACUUCAUGUUGACAUAAAAGGAUUUCAAAUAACUAUUUUGAAUGUCUGACACAAUCUUUAAUCAUUUUUGUUAUGUUAUAAACAAUGUGUGAGGAGCACAACUAGCUUUAAAGAGAUAUGCACAUUAAGUCUUAAGCACUUUUUAAUAAAUAUCCAUGUCUAAUCUUCAGUGGUUUUGUACGUGCCAAUUGGCAGAUUCACCCUGUUACGAAAUGUGCAGCUGUAUUUCUUUGUCCUGUAUAAUGCUUUUUAGUGGUUUAAAUUACAAUUAUUUGAAGGCGUUUUGAACGUGUACUAUUUAUUGUGUUUACAAAAGAUUUUUA